AUGAGUUUACGCCUUACUCUGGAGGAGACGGUCUAUCUUGGCCCAGCACAUCCGACCAAGGUUAUCAGCAAACCGUCGAACUUUUACGGUACCGAUCUAGAACGGGAAUCAAUAACGACUAUUCACUCGGAUGUGCUGGAGCUGUUAUAUAUGAGCUACAUCGUCGACACUCUGAAGAAUAUUCCGACGUCAGCGAAAUAA